AUGGAGCAGCAAGAUCUGCAACCUAAAGGCCUCAACAGCCUCGGCCCUGUACACCUGAAGGAGCAUCUCCCCCAAAAUCUCUCCGUCUGGACAGGCAGGUUACCAGAUGAUGCCAGCAAGACCUCCUCUUCCAUCUAUUCCUGGUGUGGAGGGAGAAGCAACGGCUGUGGAAGCAGCUCAGGUGGUGAUGAUUCGGAAAUAGAGAGAGAGGAUGCCCAUGACAGAAUCCGCACAGUGGAGAAGCCAUUGCCACUCUUGGAGUGUGGAGAGAGCUUCAGUCACAGUUCCCAUUCGACUACCCACCAAAGAAAUGCUAUUGGGAAGAAACCCUCUCAGUUCUCUGAAUGGGGGGGAAGUUUCUGUUGGAAUGAAAGCCUCACUUCACAGGAAAUAAUUCACACAGGGGAGGACCCACUAAAAUACUUGGAAUGUGGAAAGAGCUUCAGUACGAGUGCACAUUUCAUUUCACAUCAAAUAAUUCAUACAGGCAAGAAACCCUAUCAGUGCUUGGAAUGUAGGAAAAGCUUUAAUACAAGCAAAACCUUCCGUAAACACCAAAGAAUUCACAGGGGGGAGAAGCCAUUUCAAUGCCGAGAGUGUGGAAAGAGCUUCAGUCAGAGAACCCAUCUCACAGCCCAUCAAAUAAUUCAUACAGGUGAGAAACCCUAUCAGUGCUCGGAAUGUGGGCGGAGCUUCAAUCACAGGAGGACUCUCACGGCCCAUCAAAGGAUUCACAGUGGUGAGAAACCCUAUCAGUGCUCAGAAUGUGGGAAGAGUUUCACUGUGAGCUUCCAUCUCACUUCCCACCAAAGAAUUCAUACCGGGGAGAAACCAUAUCAAUGUGUGAAUUGUGGAAAGGGCUUCACCCAAAAGGUAAGUCUCACUUCCCAUCAAAGAAUUCACAGUGGUGAAAAACCUUAUCAAUGCAUGGAAUGUGGGAAGAGCUUCAGUCGGAAGCAAAGUCUCACUUCCCACCAAAGAAUUCACAGUGGUGAGAAACCCUAUCAGUGCUUGGAAUGUGGAAAGAACUUCAGUCUCAGGGCCCAUCUCACUACCCAUCAAAGCAUUCAUACCAGGAAGAAACCCUAUCGAUGCUUGGAUUGUGGAAAGAGUUUCCUACAGAGAGUUGAUCUCACUUCUCACCAAAGAAUUCACACAGGGGAGAAACCAUAUCAGUGCUUGGAAUGUGGGAAGAGCUUCACUGUGAGCGCUGGUCUUACUUCCCACCAAAAAAUUCAUAUUGGGGAGAAACCCUAUCGA